CUAUCCAGCUCGGAGAGGUUUUCCUCCUGCUGCCCCCCUUGCAUCAAUCCCUCUGAGGGCACACUAGCCAUGGCUUCUCCUGCCAGGGCUCAGAGGAGCGGAUUACUGGAGCUGCGAUGUCCAGGAGAACGCUGGAUCCGGAUACUUCUCCUUCUUGGGGAAGAGACUCUGAGCUUCACCCCAGAGCCAGAGCCUGGGGCUCCUGAAGAGAGAGCAGUGAAUGGGGGGGAGAUUACAGGGGGUGUCCCGGACUCAAUUAUCAACCUGCGGAGGACAGUCAGAGUGGUCAAGCAAGAGGCAGGGGGUCUGGGGGUCAGCAUCAAGGGUGGCAGGGAAAACAAGAUGCCUAUCCUCAUCUCCAAGAUUUUCAAGGGUUUAGCUGCUGACUUGACAGGUGCUCUUUAUGUGGGGGACGCCAUCUUGUCUGUGAAUGGGGCCGACUUGUCUGAUGCCACGCACGAUGAUGCAGUGCAGGCUCUGAAGAAGACUGGUAAAGAGGUGGUGCUGGAAGUAAAGUACAUGAAGGAGAUAUCCCCCUUCUUCAAAGGUUCUAACAGCGGAUCAGUGAACUGGGAUUCCAUUCCACCAGCCCUUCCACAAAAGAGGGGCUCCCCUGCUCUACCACCUCGGGACAUAAAGGAUGGUAAAAGCAUACCACUGAAGAUGUGCUACGUGUCCCGCACAUUCUUACCUGCUGAUCCAGAGCCCAGGUACAUAGAGCUAUGUUCAGCAGAUGGAAGAGAUGUCCUUUUUCUCAGAGCAAAGGAUGAGGGUACAGCCCAGUCCUGGUUCAAAGCCAUUCAUACCAAUGUCAUUGCUCUGACAUCACGGCUCCAGGAGGAGGUCAAACAACUCCUGGGUAAGGAGGUCAAGCAGAUGGGCUGGCUGACGGAACAGCUUACACAGGAUGGGAAGAGGCACUACCUGGCUGUUCUAACAGAGAAAGAUCUUCUGCUUUACAACAGUCUCCCGCACACCAGGGACGGAUUCAGUAAACCUGCAUUCUGCCACCCACUCAUUGCCACCAGACUUGUACACUCUGGACCCCCUAAAAGUUCCCCAUUAUAUGACACAGAGUUGGCUUUCGCCCUCCGCUCUGGCACCCAAAAGGGGGUAGAGACACACUUGUUUAGUGUACAGACACACCAAGAGUUGGCAGAUUGGACACGGGCAUUGGUAGAUGGGUGCCACAAUGCAGCUGAACUCAUACAAGAGGUGACCACAGCAUGUACGUGGGGUGGGAAAGAGUGCGCACUCUCCAUACACAUUGAUCAAGGGUUCACACUGUUCACGGAAGAGCCUGGACUUAGCAAGGUUGUCCACCUCCAUAAACCUUUUGAGAAGCUCCGGAUGUCUUCUGACGAUGGCAGCAGGAUGCUGUAUCUGGACUUUGGAAACCCUGAGGGAGAACUUCAACUGGAUCUUCAUUCUUGCCCAAAAACCAUUGUCUUUAUCAUUCACUCUUUCUUGUCAGCUAAGGUGUCUCGUCUUGGUCUUCUACCAUAAAGAGAUUGGAGAAGUUUCUGUGGGAACCUAUGUGAUCCAUGCACUAACCAGACAUGGAAAUGAGAAGUUCUGCUGACGGAUAGCAUAAGAAACUCCAACUGUUGGAAUAGCUGCAGAUUGCCACCCUAACCUCUCUGGUGUAAAAAAAAAAAACAACCCCACUUAAAAUACAAGUGGUAGCUGGUGCUUAAUCUUCUCUCUCUUUCAACAAUAUAGUGCCUUAUAAGUAGAUUUAGGUUGGUACCCAGAUUUAUAUAGAGAGAGUUAUAUUCCCAUUUGGCAGAGACAGAGUUAUUGGGUGCCUUCAGCUGAUUUCUACUGUCGGACAUCAUCAAUAUAGCUGCAAAAUGACAUCAUAUUCUAUGCUGAAUUCGUACUUCCAUGUUUCACCUUAAAUUUGUGCAUUUUAUUAUAAUUAUAUAUAAAUAUAUAUAUAUGUAUAUUCAUAAGACGUGUUCAAAGCAGAUAUAUAUUUAGUUUUAUUACAGUUCAAACAAAUACAUUUGACAAAAUAGUGUCCCUUUUCUUAUGUGACUCUGGAUCAUACUUACCUACUUUCUUAAUUUUCCUUUUAGUGAUGAGGGUUGGACUGGACUAUUAUUUUCAUUUCAUUAGGCACCACUCUCACAAUAAAAUGCAGCAAAACAUGCAAAUAUGAAGAGGGGGUGGUGCUAAAAUGAUGAGAUUGUUAUAGAAUCAUCUCACUGAACGCCGGUCCCUCCUCACGGACUAUUAUUCUUUGUACUAUUCUCUACAACCUACACACGUCACUAGGAAGUGGGCAGGAUGUGGGAGGAGCACUCACUCUUCUGGGAGACCGGGGGACUACCCGAAAAAUCAGUCUCCUAGAGGUUCCAGGAGAGUAGGUAAGUAUGAUCUGAAUGGUCCAAAAGCCCUUUGUUUUUGACAAUAUGGCAGCUUUGUACUGGCUUUCCAGAUGUGGUUGCCAUUUUAAUAAUUUUGGUUAUUAGUGUUGUAAAUGGUGGUCCUGGAACUAAUCUAAUGACAUUAUUGUCACCUAUAAACAGUGGGGGGAACCAUUUUGUGGGCUGAACUAAUGAUCAUUGAUGUCAUUAGUUCCUUUACAGUUGGUACUCUGCAUUCUCAGAAUUAUUGUACCAGCCUAUGAAAUGGUCGCCUCCAUUGUAUGUAGCCAACACUUUCAAAAGCGAUAGAAAAUCCAUCUUGCACUCUACAGCUAUGGAGAAAACAGUCUUGUACUGCAUGUAUAUCCAGGUGUUCAGAAUUCAGAAGGCUGCUGUUACAUUCUAAUCUGAGUGGCAUUAAUAGGGCUAGUUUGUUACCCAAAUGUGCAGUGUAGAAGUGAGGAUAAAGAGAACCUUAGGCAAUUUAUUCUAAAUUUACAUAUACUUGACCUUGGUCCUAAUCUGUCAUUAAUUCAGAAGCGAAUGAUGACUGCACAAUGAUUUUACUUUUUUCUGGUUUGUUGGAGGUAAAAAUAAACCAGUAAUAAAAAAUACACUAGAAUCA